AUGAGAAGAGCGACAUUUUCUUAUAUACUGGAGCUCAUAUAUGAGGAUAUUAAUCCAAAAGUUACUAACUGUAACAAACAAAUCGAUGCUGAGUUAUAUCUUAAAGUUACACUGAAACUACACGGAUUGCCUAAAAGUAUGGCCUUAUUACGCACAUUACCGAAAUUAAUAAACAUUCAGCUAUACGCCAAAGAAGAUCCAAAGAUGUAUCCAUCAGGAUCUAAUUUAAUAAGGGAAAAAAACAACGGGAAAAACUUGACGGCAGUUUCUUUCAUAUGCUUUUUGAUAGUUACUUUGGCAUGCUGCAUUAUACUACCAAUUUUUUAUUAUCAAAUAGAUGAAAUCAAAGUUGAACACCAAAAUUUGCUGACCAAUUUGAAGCACAAACUCUUCCAAAAUCAACAAACCAUCAAUUUUUUACAUACAAAAAUUUCCGAAUUACGAAAAGAUGUAGGGGAACUAGCAGAAUCUGAAACACCAGUCAUUACAAGAAAGAAACGAAGUGUUUGGAAUAGACCGAAAGCCCCCUUUUCGUAUAGAGCUCCUGCGGCAUGCAAAGAAUGCAAAGAUGGAGAACCAGGCCCUAUAGGCCCAGCGGGCAAAGAUGGAAUUCCAGGACGUAAAGGCACAGAUGGUAAACCGGGAAAUUCUGGUAAACCAGGAGGGGAUGGAAAUCCGGGAAGACCAGGACCAGAUGGAGGGCAGGGCCCUACUGGAGAACAAGGGUCAGAUGGGAAACCAGGAGUUGAUGGAAAAUCUGGACAACCCGGAUCUCCGGGUAACUCAGGAGAUCCUGGAAAAGAUGGUUUACCAGGUCAAUCCAUAACUACUCCGGGUCUGGAGGGAAAAUCAGGAAUUCCUGGCACCCCUGGAACGCCAGGUCGAAAAGGUAAUGAUGGAAAGCCUGGGAUUAACGGGAUUGAUGGUAAACCGGGAAGUGCUGGAGGACCAGGCAUAAAAGGUCCCACAGGAAGUUCUGGAAAAGACGGGCAAUCUGGAGCUGCUGGAAAUCCAGGUAAAGAUGGAACUCCAGGAAACGAUGGAAUACCUGGGAAAGAUGGUAUUCCCGGGAAGUUAGGGCCCAAAGGACCUCCUGGCAAUCAAGGUCACGACGGAAAACAGGGACCCAAUGGAUCUCCAGGGAAUGAUGGCUUACCAGGGAAAGAAGGAGAACCAGGAAAAGACGGCAUACCUGGCGAUGAUGGCAUUCCAGGUGAACCAGGAAUUCCAGGUAAGAGUAGAGAUGGAAUAGAUGCAACACCUGGCAGAGAUGGGAUCCCCGGUCCUGAUGGAAACCCUGGUAGAGAUGGAGAAUCAGGCUCUGACGGCUCACCAGGGCUCAGAGGCGAUGAUGGAUUGGAUGGAAAAGAUGGUAUUCAGGGUAAAAAUGGGAUUGACGGAGAGCCAGGACGGGAUGGAGAAUCUGGCAAACCAGGUUUAUCAAUUACUGGACCAGGAAUAAGUGGCAUACCCGGAUCUCCGGGUAAAGAUGGUGUAGAUGGAGCACCAGGUGAACCUGGUAAUGAUGGAAAAUCUGGAAAGGAUGGUUUACCUGGAAGAGAUGGGGAUAAUGGGUUGGCAGGAGAACCGGGUCUAUCCGGAGAUAGGGGUAAUGAUGGAAGACCUGGUGGUCCUGGUAGGAAGGGUGAAGUAGGCCCAGUGGGCGAACAAGGAGCAAGGGGACAUGAAGGCCCUAGAGGUUUUCAUGGUAAAGAUGGGUACCCAGGGAAAGACGGAAUACCUGGAACAAGAGGACUUCCUGGAGCCCCUGGGGACGAUGGUAAUCCAGGCAACGAUGGUAGACCAGGUGAAAAGGGGAUCACAGGUAUAUCUGGCAACCCAGGCAGAAGGGGCAUUCCUGGAAAUGAUGGUAAGCCUGGAAAAGUUGGUAAGGCGGGAAAUUCUGGAAAGAACGACAAAUGUGACUGCGGCUCUACUGUUCUACCAAAAGGAGAUGGCGCUAUUACUUAUAUACGAUACGGUAGAAGGGGGUGUCCUCAUACUGCUGAAUUAUUAUACAAUGGUCACGUCGGCACAGGUCAUUACUUUUAUACUGGAAGUGGAGGUGAUUACCAAUGCUUACCAACAAGCCCUGAAUUUUUGUCUUAUACUGAUGCCUUUGAUUCUAAGUCCAAAAUAUUUGGUGCCGUCUUCAAACUAGGCUAUGGUAGUCCAGUGAGAUCGGGUUCGUCUUUAGACGGCUUAACAGUCACUUGCGCAGUGUGUCACGCCCGUAGAAAUGCCUUGCUAAUGAUGCCUGGGGAUUCCAAGUGUCCGGACAAUUUUGUCAAAGAGUAUGACGGGUUCCUCAUGUCCGCCAAUAUUAGGCACACUCGCACGAGUUAUGUUUGCGUUGAUUCCGACCCAGAAGGGGAAACCAAUAACCAGGACGAUUUUGGCGGGGCAGCUAUUUACAUAGUCGAGAGUGAAUGCGGUAAUCUACCUUGUCAUAAAUAUCCUAGCGGGUAUGAAAUUCCAUGCGUCGUUUGCACGCGUUAAAAUGUUAAAAAUAUUGCUAUGAUCUGAUUUCUACAUAAAU